AUGUUCGCCCGUCCCAUACCCCGGCUCCUGGGUCGUUCAUGGGCCAGAUCUUCCUUCCAUUCAACAGCUUCCUUCUGGGCAUCCAAAAGGGUCGUUCACAAGUUUAAGCUUGCCGACAUUGGUGAAGGAAUAACGGAAUGCGAAGUCAUAAAGUGGAGCGUAAAACCUUUGCAAGUAAUUCAGGCUUUUGAGCCUUUGUGCGAAGUCCAAAGUGACAAGGCAAGCGUGGAGAUAACGAGCCCAUUUGAGGGCGUGGUUAAGGAGCUCCUGGUUCAGGAAGGGGAAGUAGCCAAGGUUGGAGCGGGGUUGUGUCUCAUUGAAGUGGAUGAAGAGACAAAAGAAGGAGAAGAGGUAGGGAAGGAGGCUUCGACGCCAGCAGUUGAGAUAGCGCCACCAAGCGUUGAAGAACCCACUUUGAAGAAACGGGGAGUCCAUCCUUUGGAUCCGAAAUACGUACCGGAGCCUGGUCAGGCGAGGAAGGAGGACGUGUUCGCUGCUCCCUCGGUGCGUCAUUUGGCACGUCAAAAUGGUGUGGACCUUGGCCUGCUCGUUCCUGGAAGUGGCAAGGCUGGCCGGAUAGAGAAGCGAGACGUCGAGGCGUAUCUCGCGCGCAGCACCACAACGGAACAAACCACACCGUUGGCGGUUGCAGAUCAACAGGAAGAUGUUGUUGUUGAGUUGGGCCGGACGCGGUAUGGAAUGUGGAAAGCCAUGGUCAAGAGCCUCGAAAUUCCACAUUUUGGUUACUCGACUACUCUGGACGUAACAGAGCUACACAAUCUUUUACCCAUUUUCAAUAACCAUAUACCUCCCCACUUCUUACCCUCGACUUCUGGUACUCAACCACCUCCCGUCAACCCCUCCGCACUGUACCCCGCGCCUUCUCCGCCUCGGGUUACCGAGUCACAUCAAUACACGCGUCUAACAUAUCUCCCUAUCCUCCUCAAGACCCUCUCCAAAGCCAUGAUCGAAUGGCCGCUUCUACGGAGUUCCAUCACCCCGGGAACCAACGACCCAACCGCAAAACCAACCCUCACCAUUCGUCCCUCAGCCGACAUCAGCAUCGCCCUCUCCACUCCAUCAGGCCUCUACACGCCGACCCUCCAAUCCGUCAACACCCAUUCAAUCUACUCCCUCACCUCCCAGCUCAAACACCUCUCUUACCUAGGAAGACAGACGCCCUGCGGCCUGACACCAAAAGAGAUGCCCAAGCGGGGGGGGACGGUGACCGUAUCCAACGUCGGCGCUAUAGGCGCUGGGGAAUUUGCGUCGCCUGUUUUGGUACCUGGGGGUGGUGUAGCGAUCGUGGCUAUUGGGAGGGCCAAGUGGGUUUGGGACGUUGAUCGGGGAGAUGGGAAAGGGGAGAGGAGGUUGAAGGUUGGGAUAAGCUGGAGUGCGGAUCAUCGUGUUGUGGAGGGUGCGGAGUUGGCGGCGUUUGUGGAAUGCUGGCGCGGGUAUGUUGAGGUCCCGCAGAGGUUGAUUGCGGAGGGUGUAUGA